GCUUUGCCAAAUACUAUACUUGUGAUUAGUUAUCAAUAAAGUGCGGUUAUUGAUAACAUAGAAAAUAAUGAAACCUGUUGUGCUUCUACUUGCUGUCCUUUCGAAGACCUUCGCUUAUCACGAUCCAGAUCUUAAUUACCAUUUGAGUAAAGUGCAAAGUGUGCAAGGUUGCGGUGAUUCCGGGUAUUACUAUCCAACUCCAGCUGUGCAACUCAACGCUGCACCUCAACCUCAAUCUCCAAGGUUCAUAACACCAAAUGUACCAGCGCCCGCGCCGAAAUAUAAUGCAUACUCUCAGUCAACUCUUUUCCAACCGGCAUCGAAGCAGCUAACAUAUAAGACAGAACUCAACCAUCAGUCACCUCAAACUUUUGGAUCAGAAUCAAAUGCACAGAGCGAACAACACGGAUAUGCAACCUCGGAAGGCCUUUCAACAGUUUCACAGAGAACAAUUAUUCCAUCACCGACAUAUGCACAAGCACCAAUAAUUGCUAAAAUCACUGCAGCGCCUCUUCACGCAAGAUUCACCAUAUCUCCAGCAUACAAUAUUUACGGAUCAGACAACAUAAUAUCACAACAUGCAUCGAAAACGACAGGAUCUCUCGCGAAGGCGUCCCUGAAUUCUUACAGUAGCGCUCAAUCAACAGGUCCAGUUGUGUCUCAAGUUUAUGUUGCACCAAGAGCUCGUUACGAAACAUCGCCAGCUUUAAAAGGGCAGGUUCAAUCAAGUUCAGCCACAUCAAGCCAAUACAAUCAGGGAUAUUUGUCAAAUGACUAUAGUUCCACUGCGAAUCAAUAUUUAGGUCAAUCAAACUAUAUCCAGGAGGGACCGUUUUAUAGAGCACCUCUCCAAUCAAAUAAUGGUCCUUCUUUGGCCUACCUGCCAGCCCCUAGCCCGGUACAACCAUUGAGGACAUUUGCUGCACCAUCAUACAAUUCACAAACAGUGAUAAAGCACAGUCAACCAACGUCUUCUUUACAGUAUUCAAUCUCGCCUUCGGUCCAAUACCAGCAGUAUCCAACGCAAGCAGCAAAGGCAACAAUUGUCCAACAUUCAGCACCAUCUGUUAUCCAACAUGGACAAAUACAAGUUCAGUCCGCUCUUGUAUCUAAUGUUGCUUCAUCAGCUCACGCUACGAAAAAUGUGCACACAGAGUUUUUGGAAAACUAUGACGCGAACCCACGGUAUGCCUACGAAUAUGCUGUCAACGAUCCCCACACCGGUGAUGUCAAGCAUCAAAAAGAAGAGAGAGAUGGUGACGUAGUGAAAGGUCAGUACUCGCUGCUGGAAGCGGACGGUUCAACACGCACCGUGAACUACGUUGCUGACUGGGAAACUGGUUUCCAUGCCGUCGUACAUAAUAGUAAAGAUAAACAUUAAAAUAUUAUCAGUACGAAUACCAUACACAGAUAUCAAAGAGUAGAACGAUUCAUUUAUAUGGAUCGAAUUUUGAACUCGUUCGUCCUAACUUAGAACUUUAUAUACAACUACACUAAUAUAUUUGUACUUUUAUAGAUUUAGAUGUACAUUAUGUAAAAAUCAAUAUGUGGAAUCAAAGCAUUAUUUUAAGUUUAAAGUACCUUCAUACAGUACUUAAUAUUUCAUACCUUAAGCACAAUAUAGAAAAAAAAAUAUGAUUAAAGGCUUACUCUAAUCAUAAAAGUAAUCAUUUGUUUUCUCAAAAUUGAUACAGUAACUUGAAAAUUCCUUGCCGCUCUCAGACACGGCAAAAACCAGUUCAAGAAUCCCUCCCAGUAGGUAUUCCUUAUUUGCGCUCUUUUAAAAAUAUAAACAUUAACUACUUAAGUAUUAAUUUCAAUUGACAGACUUGAAUACGACUUACUCCUGCAGAGCCAUUUAAAAAAAAUCAGAACAUGCUUUUCGCAAUCUCUUCAGUACCUUUGUUUUAAUAUAUUUUAUUUAAGUGUGUAAAUAUUUGUAACGUUGAAUAAGUAUCCAUUAUAUUAUCCUUUGCGUUAUUAAUGUAUGUAAAUAAAAAAAAAAUGAAUUUA